AUGUGGCUUCGCCGCGCGGCCGCGGUCGCGUGGAGCGUCCCCAUCGCCAUCACGUUCAACGACGGCGUCGCGUCCAUCGCGCGCGUCCCAGACGUCGGCGCCGUCGGGUGCGACGACGCGCGCGCGUCCGCGCGAAGUAGCGCCGGAUCGGCAUCGGAAUCCUCCUCCUCCUCCUCGUCUCGAUGCGAGCCAUCGACGACGGCGUCGGACGGCGGCGAACCCGCGCCGUCGCCGUCGCCUCAACACUGCUACGUCCUCCUCGACCGGUUCCGCGCGCGGAGGCACAUGUGGCGCCGCGGCCAGGUCGUGCACCUGCGCUCUCCCCACGACCCCGACGUCUCGCUCGCGCAGCGCCUCGUCGCGCUCGAGGGAGACUGGGUCACGCGACGCGACGGCGGCGGCGCGGUGGUGAAGAUCCCGAAGGGGCACUGCUGGCUCGAGGCCGCGCACGUUAGUAAGGAGCUGGAGCUCGAGGUGGAUGCGGCGGAGGGGCGCGGAGGACGGCGUUCCGCGGCGAGGGGGGGGGGAUCCGGACCCGGAGACGGCGCGGCGAUCGCGGCGGAUGACGUCGGCGUCGCGCCCGUCGCGCUGCUCGACGGCGUCGUCGCCGCGGUCGUGUGGCCGCCGAGCCGGGCGGCGAUCGCGAGGCGCGCGCUCUCGAGCGAUCGCGUGCUGAUGCGCGCGGAGCGCGGGACGGACGGGCACGAGUACUGA